AUGUCUACCUUUACACGUCUUGUUCGCUUCCUAGCCAAGGAUGGCCAGAUCUACUACGGCGAUGCUCUUCUUCCAUCUGGAGUGAGCGACAUUGCCAAAGCCACCAAGGCAAGAGUCAUUCAGGGUGAUAUAUUCGGUCAGUACCGGGUCACCGACCAGGUUGCGGAGAUCAAAUUGCUUCUUGCGCCUUUGGCUCGUAAGGAUAUUGGAACAGUUCGCUGCCUGGGACUGAACUACGAGCAGCAUGCCAAAGAGUCAAAUCUGCCUAUCCCCAAGUAUCCAGUUCUAUUCUUCAAGCCUCUUACUUCAAUUUCUGCACCGGGAGAUGAUAUCCUCAUUCCCCGGAUUGCCCAGGAAGGUGAGGGUCUGGAUUACGAGUGUGAGUUGGUUAUUAUUAUCGGGAAAGAGGCCAGCAAUAUACCCGAAGGCAAAGCCCUGGACUACGUUCUGGGUUAUGCUGUUGGCAACGAUGUUUCCCACCGAGAUUGGCAGAUCAAACGGGGUGGAGGGCAGUGGGGAUUGGGCAAGGGCUUUGAUGGAUGGGCGCCCUUUGGCCCUGGAAUUGUUUCUUCCAGUGCCAUUGCGGAUCCCAAUGCUCUGCAUAUCUCCACCAAGUUGAAUGGGCAGACAGUUCAAUCCUCUUCAACAAAAGACAUGAUCUUUGGUGUGGCGAAGACGAUAGCCUUCUUAUCCCAGGGCACCACGCUGCUGCCCGGAGAUCUCAUCUUCACUGGAACACCCCAAGGUGUCGGGAUGGGCCGCAAGCCUGCUCUCUGGUUGAAAGAUGGCGAUCAAGUCGAGGUUUGCCUCGAGGGUGUGGGUUCUUGUACCAACCGCGUGGUGUUUGAGAAGCCUAGCUCUAAGCUAUAA